UAUGGUCGGGUGCGUGUGGGCUCGAGGCGGAGACGCCGGCAGCCGGGCAGGGGAGCCACAAGGCGCCGCUACCUCCGGGCAGGGGGUGGGACACCAAGCCGGGGGGCCCACCCGGCGGGGUGGUGGCCGCUAUGCCCAAGGGUGGGACAACGGCACGGCCGCUCGGCGCACCGGGAGGUGGCCCGGCGGGAGCUGCCGGUAUGCCCGGCAACGCAGGCACGGCGACAGGAGGCAAAACGCUCAUUCUCCUCGUCAUCUCGGACAAUGUGUACCAAGACUGGCAGUCUCGAGUCUUCCACUACCACAUGAAGAAGCUCCUGACGCCGGAUCAAAAGCUGGUGACGCUUAUCUCGUCGCCGCAGCCGGUAGACGUGGCGGGCAAGUGCGCGAAGAAGCAUAACAACUGCCCACUCUUCCCGACGGGCGACUACACCAAGGCGGCGAACGGCGACGCUUUUGUGGUGUACAACCGAGCGCACGCUAUUCGCGAGUACAUGGAUGAUUUUGUGGCUCGGCGGGCGCGCGGGAUCGACGCUGAGUACACCAACGUGGUCAUUGUAGAGCCGGACAUGAUCCCGCUCAAGCCGUUUGACGUUGUGGCGCCGCGCGGCACGGUGUACGGGCACUCGUACUUUUACAUGGAGCGCGGGUAUGGCGGCAUCAACAACAGCCAGCUCAUCGAGUACUGCUCGUUCCGGCCGGACGAUGUGGCACCGAUCGGGGUGCCGUACGUGCUCCACGUCGACGACCUCAUUGCGCUCCUUCCGCUGUGGAUCGAGAAGACGGUCAAGAUGCGGCUGCCGCAGCCGUGGCUCGCCUCGCACGAGCGGUCGUGGAUUGCUGACAUGUGGGCCUUUGCCUGCGCCGCCGCAGACCUGCACCUGACCUCUGUGGCGUCGCCGACCUUUGGCCCCGAGACUGCCAUCGACGCCGAGCCCGGCGACGACUCGAUGGUCAUCCACUACACGUACGGCUACCGUUUCCCACUUCCCGACGGCUCCAAGUUUGAGUUUGAGAAGCGGUCGUGGACGGUCGAGGCGCCGACGCCGCGUCCCUACCCGGAGCCGCCUGCUGACCAAGCAAACAAGCUGGAGAAGAUCCACAUGGCGGCGCUCAACGAGGCGCUUGUGGCUAUCUUUGGACCGAGCGAGUAGAGAUGGUAUGGUUUAAGGUGACAGUCAGCGGCGGCGCUGGCGGCGCUGACGGCGCUGGGCCUCCAUAAAAUGGCGGUCGGCCAUACGGC